AUGUUUGAAGACAUACAAUUGAUUUAUAUGAAUGUUAAGAUUUUAAAAUUCUGGUCACUCUUAUACGAUAAAAAUUGGCGUCGUUAUGUGUGCUUGAUACCAGCCACUUUUCUGGUAUUUACCCAAUUCUAUUAUAUGUUUAUGACUAACGAAGGUAUCGAUGCUAUAAUACGUAACUCUUAUAUGUUGGUUUUAUGGUUUAAUACCAUAUUAAGAGCUUAUAUACUGAUCUAUGACAGUGAAAAAUAUGAAAAUUUUAUUAAGAAUUUGGAAAGGCAUUUUUAUGAUUUAAUGAACUCCAAUGAUUUUUAUAUACAAUCGCUAUUGGACCAAGUGAAUUCAAUGGGCAAAGCCAUGUCGAAGGGUAAUUUAUUUUUGGGUCUACUUACUUGCAUUGGUUUUGCUCUGUAUCCUUUAUUUGCCGAGGAAAAAGUACUACCUUUUGGUAGCAUGAUACCGGGUGUCAACGAAUACAAGUCACCAUUCUAUGAAAUCUGGUAUGCAUUCGAAAUGAUCAUAACACCCAUGGGUUGCUGCAUGUAUAUACCCUACACCACAUUAAUUGUAUCCUUUAUAAUGUUUGGCAUUGUAAUGUGUAAAACCCUGCAGCAUCGUUUGAGGUCCUUGAAACGAUACAAUCAAAAUCACAUGAUCAUUUAUCAGCAGGUUAUUGAUUGCAUUGAAUUUCAAAAGGACAUUAUUAGUUAUAUAGAAACUGUUAAUCGUUUGACCACUUUCAUAUUUAUGUUGGAAUUUAUUGCCUUUGGCACCUUGUUAUGCGCAUUGUUGUUUCUCCUUAUAAUUGUGGAUUCCUCGGCUCAGGCUCUUAUUGUGUGCGCCUAUAUAACAAUGAUAUUUGCUCAAAUAUUGGCUUUAUAUUGGUAUGCCAACGAAUUGAUGGAACAGAAUUUACAAAUUGCCGAAGCUGCCUAUGAUACUGAAUGGUUUAACUUUAAAAUUCCGGUACAAAAAAAUAUUCUAUUGUUGAUACUAAGAGCUCAGAAACCCUGUUCGAUUAAAGUUGGUAAUAUGUACCUAAUGACCUUGGAAUUGUUUCAGGCCUUAUUAAAUGCAUCAUAUUCCUAUUUUACUCUCUUAAAACGGGUUUAUGGUUAA